CAUAUGUACAUAUGCAUGGCAAAAAAAUAAUAUGGAAAAAUAUUUAUUUGAGAGAGGAAUGUAGGCAAUGUAGGCAAUGUUUUCUGAAUUGGAACUCAAUGCGAUAAGCUACAUCCUUUCUGUACGUCACUUCCUCCAUGCUGAUGCUGCUGUUUUGUUGUUUGUGCACGCAUAGUAUGUGCAUACAUAAGUUUGUACGUAUAUAAGUGUACAUAUAUGGAAAUUGUGACUUUAUCAAUAUAUAGUACAAAACAUAAUUUUUAUCGAAAUAAUUAUACAAACGUUGUAGAGUGUUCUGUAGUAGCAAAACGACACUCGAACCCAGUGAGCAUCCAACCGUAUGGACGGCAAGCCACGCGACAGUAAGAAAAAGCUACUAGCGCCAGUAAAUUAUACUGAUAUUAUAUGAAAAACAAAAAUACUAAAAAUAAAAACAAAUCGUUCAGUGCUAAAAAGCAAAAUAUUGUUUAAUAAUACUUGGCAAAUCUGCGAAGCGGCAACGUAAAACGUGAGAACACCGCGCUAUAAAGAUGAAAUGGAUUAUUGUGGCGCUAGUGCUGGUGCUGAUACAAAUCGGCGUUAAUGCAGCGCGCGUCAAUGCCAAGUCGCAGGUGAAAAAUAAUAACAAGAAGCAUGCAAAUCAGCACCAGCAACAGCUUAAGAAGUCAAUCCACACAGCUAGCGGCGCUUUGCAUGCUGUCAAGCGUGCUCACAAUGAAGUGAGGCCAUCACCGACGCAGCACCGAACACGAACACAGCAUCAGCAGCGUUUGCAGCGAACGGAAGUGCCGCCGUUAGUGUUAACGUCGUCGUCGCCAACGCCGCCGCACGAGCCACAACUUGAGAUUGAUACGCUGCAAUGUCCAGUGGAUUGCGUCUGUCAGUAUGAACACUUCAACGAAUUGCCCAUAUCACGUUGGAUACAAUAUAUGCAAGCCAAUCGACCAGGUAGCAGCGAUACAGUGGCAGACGAGGAGGAUAUUUGGCAAUACGAUCGUGAUGAACGCUAUGAACAGACGUUCAGCAGUGGCGAGAGCGGUGAUGAAGAUGAUAGCGAUGCGUUUUUAACGAAUCCCUUCAUGAAGCAGGCCACAUGUAUAAUUCAAGAGUGGACAAAUAUCGAAGAAUUGAUACAAAUGCUGCCACAUGAUUUGCAUGCCCUCGUUUUGCUUUACACAAGUAGCGGAAGAAAUAAAAGUGUAAAUUUGAGCACUCUACACCCCCUCAACCAACUGACCACUUUGGAAGUACGCGGCGGCCUCAAUCGUUCGUUGCGCAUUAUUUUCGAUGAACCGCUCAUUUUCCUGCAACAUGCCAAUUUUGAGUCGGUCACGUUGCUGGGCAGCGAGACAUAUAAACGCCCAAAAAAUCCUGUACAUCCAAAGGACAGCUUUGAUUAUAAGCCACGCAGCGAAACGUAUGAUGAUGUAGACGCAGAUGGCAAUCGCUUUGCUUUCGCUCCUUUAGAUGAUGAAAUGGACGAUUACAUUGUACCUUACGAUAUCUAUAAACAGGAAUUGAUAAAGGCACGCAUGCCAACCUUUUAUGCCUGGGAACACUUAGAAGUGUUACGCAUACAUGACUGUCAGCUCAAUGAACUGCAAUGGGAGAUGUUCGAUGGGCUGACAGCCCUGGAACACUUAUCGCUCGAGCGCAAUGGCAUUGCUGAAGUGCCACCAUUUUCCUUCUACGGCGCUAUGCACAUACAAACCUUAUCGCUAGCGCAUAACUACAUACGUGAUUUGCAUUACCGCGCGCUUGCUGGCCUUUUGCGGCUGGAAGUCCUCGAUUUGAGCGACAAUCGCUUGGAGAAGUUGAGUGAACGCAGCUUUCCGCCAUUUCCGAAGCUAGUACGCAUUGAUUUUCGCAAUAAUCCUAUACGUUAUAUAUUGUCAGCUAGUUUCUGGGUUAUGAAUUCAACGCGCAACAUCGACUUUGAUUCGACAUCAGUAUCGUUGCAGUUGCGCAACAAUCAACCGUUCGAAUCGUUGCUGCAGCUGGAGACGCUGCAUAUCGGAAAUGUGUCAAUUGGCAAUUUGGAGCAGAAUAUGUUUAAGGGUUUAACGGCACUUGAGCAACUUACGCUGCGCGGCAGCAUACGCUCUAUCGAGUUUGACGCAUUCGCCGGUCUGAUAAAGCUGCGUGAGCUUGAGCUCAGCCACUGUGGCAUACAAGAGAUAUCAAUGGACGCGCUAAUGGACUGCAGAAGCCUGGAAAUACUUGACUUAUCUUACAAUAACCUCUCCUACUUUCCGCCUGGCUUGCUUGAUGACCUCUCCAGCUUGGAGGAAAUUUAUUUGCAAGGCAAUCAAUUGCGCACACUACCCGUCACAUUCUUUCUGCGUCCAAAAUUACGUUUAGCUCGGCUAAGUGAAAAUCCAUGGCAAUGCAAUUGUGACAUGUAUAACUGGCGGCCGAAAAUUACCAAUCAAGAGCGCGGACCACGAGCCAAGCGUUGUAUUACGGACUACCAAACGGGGGCACAAAUCUCUUGUCGACGCGUCGAUAGCUACGUCUAUGACAAUCGCUAUGCGCCACGUUGCAACAACCACAAUGAUAGAAGUGUAUUCUAUGUUUUGCGUAAGCAAUUAAAAUGUGGACCCGGACGCAUUGUGACUUCAAAGCGGCAGUCGCAAUCGCUUUUUUAUAAUAACGUGUUGCAGAGGCAAGCAGGAGAAAAGCAACGUAUGCCACAUUGGCGCAAAAUUGAACAGAAUAAAUUGAAAUUAAUGCAAGGAAAAAAUCAUACGCAGUUACAUACAUAUGGCACAGCGAGUGCUAGAAGUAGUGGAAAUCAAUUACACGUAUUCAGGGAAGCGCACGCUAACGCAAUAACGCAGCGUACCACACUGAUGCAUACGGUACAACGGGAUCAACCAAAGCGGAUGGAAGAGACGAUCGGGGAUGCAGACAAUAAUAUAUCCAACGAAAUAUAGAAUAUAAGUCAUGUAGAAUAAGAUAGCGGGUUAUAUGGUAUUAAGAGGUUUGCUAAAGCCUACGCCAUCUACAAUUGGCUGGAUAAGUAAAGAUAAAUGGUGACGAUUAAGAAAAGUUAAUCAGUUUGAAUAAUGUUAUUUUAGAAACCUAAAAUCGAUAUCUAUUGCCCAAAUGUAAUCGUUUAUUUUUAUUUUUAUUUGCGAUGCUAAAAAUGGUAUUAUUAGACGGCUACGUAUGUUAUACUGAAUGCAAUAUUGAUAAUCCUAACUUGAAAAGCAAAUUUUUAAUUGCGACAUUUUUAGUAUAGUUAGUUUCUAAAUGAUAUUUUUUACAAAUAAAACAUUCUUUAAUCAAAAUGUUUGCGUUAUCAUUCAGACCCAUUCGUCGGCGGGUACACACAUUCCUCAC